CAAAAAAUCGGACUGACAGUACGUUGGCGCCAUGGAGGGGCUUAGCUUUUCUUGACUAUAUGGAAAAGAAACUUUAGGGAAUUUUCACUAAAUCUAAAGGCGAUAAGACGUAGUGAAAUACUUCCACCGUGGGGCGUGAUAUAGCCCCCUCUUUUUGACCACGACGAAUUGAACUGAGGAGAAAAAGAUAACGGGACAAAAGCAACUAGCAAAACUUAUAUCAAAAUGAAGUUGAUAUUACUAACAAUUUGUGCUUUGGCAUUUAUUAGAACAUCGUUGUCCUCGGAACCAUGCAAGGACCAUUUCAAUUGUCAAAUAUAUCCAAAUUCAACUUGUAAAACAGACGAAUGGGUAGUAUUGAACUGUCCAAAGAAAUGUAACAUCUGCCCUACACCAGUGAACCCAUUAGAAGGAUAUGCAGCAGCGCCAACUUCUCAUCCGGAUGUGGCAAUCAUGGCACCGUUAAGGAAUUAUACUUAUCCUAAACCUGAUGAACCGUCAACGUCGACGAUGCAUGAUUCUCCCUUACCGGCAGCGACUGCUCCAAACCUAGCAGCACCCUACGCGGCUCCUGCUCCAGCUCCAGCCUACCCUGCUCCUGCUCCUGCUCCAGCCUAUCCUACGGCUGCCCCUACCGCAGCGUAUCCAGCUCCAGUUCCUGCAGAAGCGUACCCUACGGCGGCGCCUACGGCAGCUUAUCAAGCUCCUGCUCCGUUGCAGGCUUAUCCAACGUCAGCACCAUACGCUGCCUACCCUACACCUGCUCCUGCGUACCCGGCCCCAACACAGGGCACAGCAUAUCCGGUACUGUCACAACCACCUUUACCCGUCUACGGUAUGCCAACUGCUUUGCCUACGGCUGCUAAUCAAUACCCUGUGCUAGGACAACAACCGGUAGCUGCACCUCAAAUAAAUGAAUAUCCCAACUGGGUGGUCAAAAUACCUCCAAAAGUAACGGAAUCGCUUCAAAAUCACCCGGAGACUAUUAGAAUAUCGUUCGUCAAGCAACAUCAGCCGGUGCAGCAACCUUAUGGUGUGCAGGAAGUUAACAUGAAACCCAAGAACGACAACGGAAUUCAAACAAUGAAGAUUUCCUUUAUUGACGAGAAAUCUUCAAAGGCGGUCCCACAUGGUGUAGAUCAAGUAAGGCUACCGCAACCUCAAACAAAUAAUGAGAAGAUUAGGGUUUCAUUUAGACCUCAAGUCCAAACGCCAUCUCAGUACCAACCAAUAGAUGCCCAGUAUGGAGCACAGAACGAAACAGGGCCUUUCUCCAAUGAACCACAAAGAAAUAUAUCAGUGUCAUUUAUGGGGCAUGAAAACGAAACUUUGUCGAGUACUGUUGGGAGUCGUGCGCCUGUCAGAAAUAUUACUGUAGCUUUUACUGGACACGAGAACGAGACUGUGAGCGUUCCGCUGGUCAAUACGACUGCGGCUCUACCGGAAAGGAAUAUUUCGGUCGACUUUCAGGGAAACCAUGAAUUUUCUAUGCCUCUUAAUGGACAAGGAGCGGAAGAUAUUGUCAACCAAGUUAUGAAUGGAGCAAACCAAACAAGUAGAAACAUUUCUGUUUCUUUCCUCGAGAAGCCUUUGAGUGCUGGACAAGUCACCGUUGUAUCAAAUGCCGCUGGUUCACAACAGUGGAAUCCCCCGGUUUCUACAACCACACCAAUAAACAGCAACCCAUGGUGCCAGGAUCACCCGGGAUGCAGUCAGUAUCAAGAUAAAGAAUGUGACAAAAAAUGGAUGCAGGUCAACUGUCCUGCAACAUGUAACCUAUGCGGAAAUGACUUCACUGACCAAAUAACUCCACAACAAACAUAUAAACAACUCAGCGUCAACGUUCCACCGGAACUGACGUCAUCACUCGAGACUUCCCGUGAGCCAGUAGUGGUUAAGAUUGCUACAGAGGGAGGUGUGGCGGAAAUCAGUAAGGAAACUAAUGGACCAAUCAUGGAAAGGAUCAACGUUCACUUGCCAUCAAAUUACCUCUAUGAUCAAGCAGCACAUAGUGGGUUAACUAGUCCGCUGACCAACAGUAUUGCAGGGCAGGGAGCACAAGUGCCUGAAGCCAAGUGGUGUAGUGAUAAACCAGAUUGUUAUAAAUAUUCACGUACCCAAUGCGGAGAAGGCUGGAUGAAAGAGAACUGCCCCAAGAUGUGCAAGUAUUGCCGGCCCAUUUGUGAGGAUAAAAGCAAUGAAUGUGCGCGAUAUUCGUCUGAGUCCUGUAGUAGCGACUGGAUGAAGGAAAACUGCCAGAAAUCGUGCGCUUUGUGUGAAGGAUUAGAAAACCAGCAACAAGAUACGAACAAGAUGGCCUCUACAACAGACAAUGUAGCACUAUCAGCCCAAGUAGGGGAGGCCAACGUGACGCUGGCAGAGCCAGGAAAUAACAAUGAAUGUUUCUACGAUGGUUUAGUGCACAAACACGGAGAACGCUGGUCACCAGGACCGUGUACUCCUGAAUGCCGUUGCCAUAAUGGAAAAAUCCACUGCACAAUCAUCGAGUGUCCCAAAUUACACUGCAAAAAUACGAUAAAGAGAAGAUGGAAGUGUUGCCCUGAAUGUCCUCCUAAUGAAGGUGUGAAUUCAAAGUGCACCAAGACAUACGGAGGUAAUAGCGCCGGCUCGUGCUGCGUUUUCCCAUUCAGUUACAAGAACAAACAGUAUACAAAGUGUAUCGAAGAAAAUCACAGUAAACCGUGGUGUGCUGUGUCGUCUGACUUUGACAUUGAUGGCAUGUGGGGUAACUGUCUUGGCCAGGGAGAGGAAAUGUCAGACGAAAUGGAAGCAGAAGCAGAAGCAGAAAAGACUAUCAAAGUGAGCUUUUUAAACUCUCAGCACAACGAUGAAAUCGUGGAUACAUUCCUGCCAUCAACAGCGCUAGUAACGGGACUGUAUUCAUCCUGGUCUGAUUGGUCAGGGUGUUCAGCAUCAUGUGGAGGCGGCACUCAGGAGAGAACGAGGAAAUGCCUCAACCCAACUAACGCUCCAGGAGGAGCAGUUUGUGAUUCUCUUGGACCAGGACUAGAGACCAAAGAAUGUAACAUCAGACUAUGUCCAAUUAACGGAGGAUAUGGAAACUGGAGCGAAUGGACCAACUGUGAUGCCUCUUGUGGAGGAGGUGUACAGCAAAGAUAUCGUCUUUGCACCAAUCCUUCACCUGCUCAUGGUGGAAACGAUUGCAUUGCUAUGAACCUUGGCCCAGCUUUAAUUACACAGACGUGCAAUACUAAUCAGUGUCCAACUGAUGGGAUGUACUCGGACUGGACGGGAUGGACGAAGUGCAGCAAAUCUUGUGGGUUGGGGAAAAGGUACCGAUUCAGGUACUGCACCAAUCCUGCCCCUGGUCCUGGAGGACACAACUGCUCGUGGUACGGUAAUGAUAAGGAAGAAGAGUUAUGCAACAAUAAGGAAUGUCAAGUUGACGGAGGGUACUCCCCUUGGACAAGAUGGACCGAGUGCAGCAGAACGUGUGGUCCAGGGAUCAUCUCUCGGCACCGCACAUGCGACAACCCCUUUCCUUCAGCUGGAGGGAAAGACUGCUCAAACUUUGGUCCCUCAUUUGAUCAGAAACCAUGCAAUAUGAAAGAGUGUCCAUCGAGUGGUAACUGGACUGUCUGGUCAAAAUGGUCGGAGUGUACAAGACCAUGUGGUGGCGGGAUACAAUUUCGAAGUCGUCAGUGUAACCAUCCGGGUGGACUGCAAUAUUGUCUUGGAGAAAGAGUUGAGUCUAGUCUUUGUAACAGCCAGCAUUGUCCAGUCGAUGGAAACUACACUGAAUUUUCUGAUUGGACGCCGUGUACGACCACUUGUGGUGUGGGUAUCAAAACACGUGAACGAAGUUGUACUAACCCAACACCGCAAUUCGGAGGAAAAUCCUGUCAAGAACAGGGUAUGGGACUGGCCGUUGAACACGAACAUUGCUACAAUCGUCAAUGCCCAAUACACGGGGACUACACAAUAUGGUCAGAAUGGAAAGGUUGUUCUAAAAAGUGUGGUUAUGGAGAAAAAACUAGGACACGUUCAUGUACGAAUCCUGCUCCAUCAAAUGGAGGACUGGACUGUUCAAGACUUGGAGAAAGCAUCCAGAAGGUUCAGUGCUACAGCGCUGAAUGCCCACUUCAUGGAAACUACACUGCUUGGUCAAAGUGGAGUGCAUGUUCAGCGACGUGUGGCGAGGGAACAACAAGCAGAACAAGAAUAUGUGCUAAUCCAGAACCUGCUCACGGCGGUGACGACUGCUCUGCUUUGGGCCCCAACAUUGAAGCCAAAACAUGCAAAAUGCAUGAUUGUGCUGUUAACGGACAGUACAGUCCUUGGUCUAGUUGGACCAUCUGCAGUAAAUCAUGUGGCAGCGGUAUCACGAGAAGAACACGAACUUGUACUGAUCCGGCACCACUCCACGGUGGGAAAAACUGUACCGAGCAAGACCUGGGAGCUGCAGAAGAAGUUUCUCGUUGCUUUGAUCGUCCUUGUCCACUUAAUGGUGGAUUCAACCAUUGGUCGGCUUGGACCACAUGUUCUGCGUCUUGUGGAGGUGGUGUCAUGUUCAGACAAAGGAACUGUACUAGCCCACAGUCAAUGCACGGAGGAAAAGACUGCUCUGAUCUGGGACCUACUACUGAGAGUGCGAGCUGUCAAGAUGAGCCAUGUCCUGUAAAUGGUAAUUAUGGAUUCUGGAGUGCUUGGAGCGACUGCGACAAGACGUGUGGUGGCGGCAAACGAAUUCGUUCACGAUCCUGCACAAACCCUCCUCCACAGUUUGGUGGAUCAGACUGCAACACGCUAGGUCCACUGCAUCAAACUGAAAUAUGUAACUUGAAUAAAUGUCCAGUACAUGGUAACUAUAGCAACUGGUCGCUAUGGUCACCCUGUUCAGUCACCUGUGGUGUGGGAACAGUUGAAAGGCAGAGAUAUUGUACUAAUCCGACUCCAUCUCCUGAUGGUCGUAACUGUGACGAACAAGGUCCUUCGACUGAAAAGAAAAGCUGCGAACUUGUCGAAUGCACAGCUACUUGUCGAUGUGGUCCUUGGGCUGACUGGUCCGACUGCACAACAACGUGCGGUGGAGGAAUUCAGCAAAGAAGAAGAGACUGCUUGCACCCUAAGAACUCCAAGUUAUCCUGCGAAGCUGACAGCAAGGAAACUAGGCUGUGCAUGCCUGAGCCAUGCCCAAUUAAUGGUAAAUUCACGCCUUGGUCACCAUGGACACCAUGUACCGCCACAUGUGGUAUUGGUAUGAAGAACAGAACUAGGUUUUGUAAUGCCCCAAUGCCACAGUUUGGGGGUAAAUCAUGUGCUGAGCAAGAAAUGGGUUCUGCAGUCGAGAUUUCGAAAUGCUACCUUAUGCCUUGUCCAGUUAAUGGCGACUACACGGAGUGGUCAGAUUGGACCACGUGUUCCAAGUCUUGUGGUAAAGGUUACAAAGAGAGAAACAGAUACUGUACUAACCCCGAACCUGCYUAUGGUGGAGUAGACUGCGCCCGUCUAGGAGCAGCGAAAGAGUCCGUGGAAUGCUUUAGGGCUGAUUGUCCAGUUGAUGGAAAGUACACUGGUUGGACACCAUGGUCAUCUUGUUCACAAACAUGCGGUUAUGGCAUUCAAACAAGAUGGCGCUCUUGUACCGAUCCAGAACCAAUGCAUGGCGGACGAGACUGUACGGACCAAGGAGACCCUGAACACAUCAGACCCUGCCAAAACAUACCAUGUGCAAUCCACGGUAAUUAUUCAUCAUGGUCGGCUUGGGGCACAUGCUCAAAGCCUUGUGGAUUAGGAGUUAAGAAGAGGACAAGACUCUGUAACCGCCCUGAACCUGAAUUUGGAGGUCUGACUUGUCUGGAUCAAAACCUUGGGCCUAACACUGAGGAACAGAAGUGUUUCAUCGAAGACUGCUCGGUUGAUGGAGCCUGGAGCGCAUGGUCAGACUGGAGUACAUGUUCUACUGCUUGCGGGCCUGGAACCAGGGCAAGAAAGAGAACCUGUAGCAAUCCUGAGCCAAAGAGUGGUGGCAAGAAAUGUGAAGGUGCCAGCAAACAAGUUGGUGACUGUACAGCUCAGCCUUGUCCAGUGAACGGUAAUUAUACAGAAUGGUCCAAGUGGUCAGUAUGUGACAAGAGGUGUGGCACUGGACUCCAAACAAGAUGGCGCGCAUGCGCAAAUCCCGUACCACAACACGGUGGAUUGACUUGUACUUACAUGGGUCCUGAUACAGAAACGAAGUUGUGUCUCAAUAAGCCUUGUCGAACUGAUGGUCGUUGGAGCGAAUGGUCAGUUUGGAGUACAUGCUCCCAGUCAUGCGGCGACGGAAUACGAACAAGAGAACGAAGAUGUGACAAUCCUAAACCCAUGGAAGGGGGAAGGCAAUGCGAUGGAGAUGACAAACAGUAUACAUACUGUAAAGCAAGAGACUGCUGCGACGUCAGAUUCAAGCCAAUUGGUUGCUAUAGAGACAACCUUGCAAAUGACCGUCCAAUGCCCGAGCUUCUAAUGAGUGACGUCGACUCAACCUCUUUAAAAUACAAUGAUAAUCCUAUGGACUACAAACGAUGGAAUGACUACUUGCCAAACCUUGUCUGCAGAUGUGCUCGCGCUGCCAACAGGAAAGGGUACUCUCACUUCGGUCUACAAGAUCUUGGCUCCUGUUACUCUGGAUCUCGUUCGGGAAUGACAUUCGGUAAGGAUGGCAUUCAAGGUGCAUUUAUUCAGAGUCCAGCGCCAAAGCCAUGGUUAGGCUGUGUUACGACCAACUACGAGCAGUGUGGAGAUACAUCAAAGUACUGUUCAGGACAACAAAACUCAAACUUUGUCUACACCUUCUACAAUAUUACUCCAGUUGACGGAGGAUACAGUGACUGGUCACCUUGGUCAAGUUGUUCUACAAGAUGUGGAACAGGUUUUAAGUCACGUGUGAGGAACUGCACCAAUCCUAAACCUCAAUAUGGAGGCAGGGAUUGCAACGUGCUUGGUGACGAAGUUGAUACGGCUUUGUGUGAUACCAGCGUUAAUUGCCCAGUUGAUGGAGGUUUCAGUGAUUGGGGAGCCUGGUCAAACUGUUCCUCGUCGUGCGGCAAGGGUACCAGGGUUCGAGAGAGAUCCUGCUCUGCACCUUCACCGAGUAGAGACGGUCAACCGUGCAUUGGUCCUACUAGACAAAAACUAUCAUGUAACCUUGGAGACUGUCCAGUCAAUGGUUCGUGGUCAGCUUGGGGUGCGUGGCAAGCAUGCUCAGCAACCUGUGGCGAUGGAAUACAGAUCAGAUCUCGUAUUUGUAAUCAUCCCAAACCAAGCAAUGGGGGAUUCUCCUGUGAAGGCGACAGCGUAGAACAGAAAUCAUGCAAAGUCAGACGAUGUCCUGUGAAUGGAAACUACACUGAUUGGUCAGAAUGGAGUGACUGCAGUCGCACAUGCGGUGGAGGAAUCCACAUCAGAACAAGACAGUGCAUUAAUCCAUCCCCCAAAUACGGAGGCAGCGACUGCGUCUACUAUGGUGAUGCCCGCGAAGUCGUUCACUGCAAUCCUCAACCUUGUCCAAUUCAUGGUAACUGGGGAGCAUGGCAGAUGUGGAGCUUCUGCUCAGCCACAUGUGGAGCUGGAAAACGAGAGCGCAUGCGCUUAUGCAACAACCCGGCACCCAAAUAUGGAGGUAAAGGGUGUCCAGGUACUGCCAGGGAGCUCAUGCCUUGUAGUCUCUCCGACUGUCCAGUUGAUGGUAACUGGGGUGCCUGGAAAAACUGGACUCAAUGCUCAACCACUUGUGGAGCGUCCAAGAAGUCGAGAACACGAGAAUGUGACAAUCCUCCUGCAGCACAUGGCGGACGAUCGUGCGAAGGACCCGAGAAAGAAGAAGCAUACUGCGAUAAUGUCCCAUGCAUGGUCAAUGGAGGAUACACAGAGUGGGGUGAAUGGACUCAAUGUGACGUCACCUGCGGUGGCGGUCGUCGUUUGAGAUCACGUGCCUGUACGAAUCCUUUGCCUCAGUUUGGUGGAAGAAACUGCGACAGUGAAGGGCCUGAUGUUCAAGAGGACUCGUGUAAUACAAGGCCUUGUGCUCAAAAUGGCGAAUGGUCAGGCUGGUCUGUCUGGUCACCGUGCUCUCGUUCAUGCGGUAGCGGAGUCGUUAAGAGAAUCAGGACUUGUACAGCACCUCGGCCUUCAUAUGGAGGAGAACCGUGUGUAGGAGAGGGAGAAGAGAUCAAAGCUUGCAAGAUUAGGGACUGCUGCGAGGUUUCGUAUCGGGAUCUUGGAUGUUUCCGAGAUGAUCACAACAUCUACCGCCCAUUACCAAACCUGCUGUUCAGUGAUGUUAAAGACAAUAGAGUGGACCUUGAAAACUGGGACACAUAUCUUUCUGAUGUCAUUUGCAGGUGCGCCCGCAUGACACGUAACAGCGGAAUGACAACCUUUGGUAUCCAAAACUACGGAGAUUGUUAUUCCGGAGAAAGAGCGGCGGAGACUUACUAUCAGGAAGGGGAACAGCUGGUUUUUAGCGAUCAAAACCAACCCAAGCCAUGGCUGGGAUGCAUAGACAGUGAGAAGAAACCAUGCCAUAUCAAUAACUUGGAAUGCAGUGGACAGGAAAGAACAAAUUAUGUCUUCACUAUUGAUAGAGUUCAACCUAUGCAAGGCAACUACACUGAAUGGAGUGCAUGGAGUAAAUGCUCAAAGCCGUGUGGAGAAGGAGAACGCUUCCGCACAAGAAACUGCACCAACCCUCCUCCCGCUUGGGGAGGACUUGACUGUCGUUUUGAGGGUAAUGACCGCGAGCAAGAGAACUGCAAGAUUAGAGACUGCCCUGUGGAUGCUAGUUGGAGCAACUGGGGCAAAUGGAGUACAUGUACAGUAUCGUGCGGGCGUGGCGUCGUAAGAAGACACCGCACGUGUAACAACCCAUCACCUCAAAACGGCGGCAAACCUUGCCCUGGCUAUGCACAUGAGACAGCUGAAUGCAGGAUGUCACCGUGCCCAGUGGACGGCAAGUUUUCUGACUGGAGCGCAUGGAGUGCGUGUUCUGUCACCUGCGGUAAUGGAAGACAGAUUCGAUCAAGAAGAUGCGAUUCACCAAAGCCUGCCUAUGGAGGUAAUUUCUGCCAAGGAGCCGACAAGGAAUUCCAGAACUGUGAAGAAGACAAUUGCCCAGGUUACUUUAGCGACUGGUCCCCCUGGACCACCUGUAGUGCAACUUGUGGCGCAGGAGGAACACGUGAACGUUCACGAACAUGUCAGGGUGGGUCAAGCUGUGCUGGAUCUGCAAGACAAGUGGAGAGGUGUGAUGUACAACACUGUCCUCACUGCCCGAAUACUAUUGACCUGGCUUUCUUAUUGGAUGCGUCUGGAACAAUAGACGACUCGCAAUGGAAGCUAACCAAAGAUUUCGUUAGAGGCGUCUCGUCUGCUUUCCACGUCGCAGAUAAUGGAACUCGCACAGCUAUUAUCACUUUCUCGACGCUUCCACAUUUGGAAAAAACCUUCCAAGAAAUGAACGAGAAAGACAUCAUGGACGCUUAUCUUGACAGCGUCACUCAACCACGCGGCGAGACCCGAACUGACCGCGCCCUGAAACUCGCUCGUGAACACAUCUUAUCGGACGACAGUGGAUCAAGACUAACAGUUCCUAAAGCAGUGGUUAUGAUAACCGAUGGUGGCACAAGAGCGAAGAGUAAAAUGGCAAUACAGCGACGAGCGCAUGAGCUUAAAGAUCUAGACGGUGCGACUGUCGUGGUCUUGGGCGUCGGAGAAAAAGUUGAUCGUCAGGAGAUUAGGCAAAUCGUAUCUGAUCCUGAACAUGCGUAUCUUGUCAGUGGAUAUGAAGACUUGAUGCAGUAUGUUAAGUUAACUGCCGAUGCUGUGUGUAACGCAAAACCACCUCCGCCACCACCACGAUGGGGAAGAUGGUCAGACUGGAGUCCAUGCAUGAAGACAUGUGGUAAUGGAUUAUCAGUAAGGACGCGCAAAUGUCUCACUGGAGCCAACUGCCGUGGACCUUACACUGAAAAACGACGAUGCAAGGUCCAAGACUGUCCAGUAUGUGAGUCACCAACAGACUUAGCAUUCGCAGUCCCCAUAUCAAGCAAAAUCAAGGAUACAGAAUGGCGUGACGUCCAGAACUUCGUCAAGGGAACAGCCAGUGCUUUCAACAUCUCGUAUGCUGGAACACAUCUUGGUCUCUUGUCAUAUUCAUCCAUGGCAACCCUGGAGUUGAAGUUCAAUCGCUAUUACUAUCAGAAGGAUCUUUUUACUAUGGUUGAAAAUGUCUUCCCUGAAGCCAGUAGUGAGGAGACUACGAGACUUGAUGAUGCACUGCAAGUGGCUAAUUAUGAGCUUUUCACACAAGCAUCUGGAUCAAGACCAACGGCUGCAAAAUCCUUGGUAGUGUUGUCUUAUGGCGAACUUGGAAAUCAGAAACUGAAAAACAUAGCGCAGCUUCUUCGAAAUAACAAAGUACGAAGUGUGGUCAUCACUAUCGGACAAGACGAGGCCGACCGACGACAAGCCGACAGUAUCACGAACAGCAAUCAAACUUACCAUAUUGGUUCGUUUAAAGAUCUUGUGGCAAUCAUUGCAAAGACAGUCGUGGUUGCUUGUCAUGAACCAGAGCCUAUAUUGUCUUCUGAAGAACAGACGCAAGUCACUCAGGCACAAAAUCAAGCAGCACAACUUUGGAAAAACAGAUACAGCUCCACUGCUAAUCCAUCAACAACAACACAGGCGCAGACGCCAUUUAGCGCUAGUAUUAAGCCUCUCACCUAUCCACCAGUAGUCGCUACUAUUCAAAAACCUCCAAGCUAUGCUACGUCACAAUGGACGUCAAACACAGGUUCUCAGAACCCCACGACCGUUCCAAAUCUUGCAACUGCUGCAAAGGGAUAUUCGACACAGACCACAGCAGCUAAGCAAGCAACAAUGAAAUCACAGGCUACCCAGCAGCAACAAACAACCUUAGCCCAGCAAACACAGGCAACCCAACCACAACAAAAACAGAAAACUCUUGCUCAGCAGACACAGGCAACCCAAAGUCAACAAACCCAGGCUCAGCAAACCCCAUUUUACUGGAGAACAACAGAGACACCAAAACCAACUCAAGCACCUUACAUAACCCAGGCUGCUACCCAGAAAUUCGCAAAUAUGCCACAGGAAACCCAACCUACUAUGCAAAAUGGACAUUAUAUGUGUCCUCACAAUAUGGACGUCGUUAUUGCUCUGGAUUCUUCCUCUGAUGUCAGUCCUUUGCAAUGGGCACAUCAGAAGAGCUUUGCUCGCAACGUCAUGGAAAGCUUUACUAUGUCUGACACAGCAACCCAUGUGGGAGUUGUUGCAUACUCCACGAUUCCUUCUAUACAAUCUAAGCUAGAUGAGAAUAACCAACAUGAUGAAGUCAUCAAGUCGAUCCAGUCACUUCCAAGAGACAAAGGCAAUCGAAAUCUUGUCAUUCUCCUGGAGAUGGCCAAGUUUGAGAUGUUCACCGCCUCUGGUGGCAUGAGACAACAUGUACCCAAGAUUCUUCUCGUCGGCGUCAUGGGAACACAGAAAGACCAUAAUACUAACUCCGCCAAGAGCCUGCAAGCAUUCUCUAAGCAGCUUCAGUACAGCGGUGUUCAAGUUAUUGCUGUAGGAGUAGGUGACGUGCCAGAAGAUGAUCUUAAAAACAUGGCGACGAGACCAAAUUACGCUUUGAGGGUAAAUUCUUUGCAGGCAGCAGAAGCCGCAAAGGUCGCUAAAGUGAUGUGCCAUAUUGGUGCCCUACAUGACUUUAAUAAUCCACAAGCUCAGAGUUUACUGCAAAAUGAUAACCCACUUCAAUCGCCUCCUCAACCAGCACCAGUCCAGAUGAACGCUCCCGCUCCAGCAGCUGCUGCAAGCCCAGCAGCAUCCCCAGCAUCACCUCCAGUUGAGAUGAGAGACUACCCAUACAGAUGUCGUCCAGUAUUAUACUACGACUUCGACAAGAUGUGCUCAGGAACUGUGUACGAUGAAUCUGGAAUGGGUAACAAUGGCAAAGUCCAGGGCAGAAUCCUUACUGAGGGAGGAUUACUAGAUGACAAUGGUCUCGAUCUCUCAGAAGGUUUCAUUCAACUCGAUGGAAGAGGGUUUAAGGGCAAGCCAACCAAAGCAGUUACGAUUGCAGCGUGGGUCCAUAUUAAAGACAUGAGUACGCCAAAUGUCCACGAGAUCUUCGUGACAGAAUCCCCAGGAAUCCAGAACGACCAAAAGAAAGGACAGUAUCACUUCGAGAUUUUAGACAAGGGAAAGAUUCGUUUCUUCCAAAGAAACUACGACAAAACUGUCUACGGAAGAACCACCAAACGAGUGAUCCUUCCCAACCGCUGGGUUCACAUUGCAGGCACAUACAACCCUGGCUCAAGAGAAGCUACCAUAUAUGUCAACGGUGAACGAAUCACUGAAUAUGAACAAACAGACCCACAAGAAACAGAUGCUCUGAGUACAGACUGGAGUGAUGUGGCCCAUAUUGGCUCACAUUAUGGAUCGAACCAAACGCUCCGCAAAUUCAAGGGAGCAUUAGAUGAGUUCUAUAUUUUCCCCUGUAACCUGGGUACAAGUGAAAUCAAGACUCUGAUGGAGACUCACAAGAUUCCAAACCCUAAAACUCCAUUCCAAGGAGUAAAACGCAUGGUAUGGCGCAACGUCCCCGGUCAUACAAUCAGCGAUCUCGCGUUGUCUAAAGGUUAUCCUAACAACCCUACAGAAGUCAGUAUCAUUCCAAGCUUUAGUGCUCCAGAGAAUGACGGCAGUGAUUAUGGCAGCCGAAUCAGUGGCUACUUCGUGGCUCCAUACUCGGGCUUGUACUCAUUCACUCUAACUGGUGAUGAUGAAGCGGAGUUAUUCUUUAGUGAGAAUGCUUCUCCAAAAGACAAGGACUUGAUUGCUGCCGUGAAGACCCAGGAUUAUCAAUCACAGAGUCCGGCAACACAGAAGUCAGUAAGCUUUCCCCUCGAGGCUGGCAAACACUACUGGUUGGAAGCACUCCACAAGCAGGGCAAGUCCCGUGACGCUCUAAAAGUAGGAUACAAUCUGGAAUGCCCGAAUGCGCCAUCGUCUGUAAUUCAACGAGCUGUCAUCCCUCCGAGGAGCUUGCAGUACCAGAUGCCAAGGAGUUGUGCUGACAUCAAAAAGGCAUGGUCGGGAUACAAUGACGAUGAAUACGCUAUUCAGAUAAGUCCUUCGUGUGAACCUGUCCGUCUGUAUUGUUACGGCAUGAAAACGGAAACACCUUUGGAAUACAUCACACUGGAAGCUGGUCCUGACAGGAACUAUGCAGCCUUCCACAGAGAAAGACUAUUGAACUACCAGUCCUGCUCUGGAAAAACCAAUCCUCAACCUGCGCUAACUGAGAAAUAUUGGGGCAAGUCAAGAUUCUACAAGGUUCGUGUCGAUCCAACAACCGGGCUACUUGAACGUGAUGAUUACAGGUUCGCCGACAUUCAAGGCAACCCGGUCCGUUAUGGUCGUGCAGGAGACUGUUACUCUGCCUCGACCUCGUGCCACAAGGGACGAUUCCAAAUCGAUUUGACAGGGACAGGACUGCGCUUGCGCAGAGAUAGUGCAUGGGUACCGUGGGGUACUCCCAGAAUCUCACCGAAUGUUUUGAACUACCGCCAGUCUCCUGAUGGUGCGAUGGUAUAUGGAGAAUGUGGAGGGUCUUGCGGUGGAUGUCAGCCAAAGAAUUCAAAGUUAUUCGUUGAGCCAUCUCAGUGUUUACAAACUCCAACCAGAGCAAUGAUUCGUGGAAAAAUCCCAAAGAGUAAGACCGAUAACAUUCACUUUAAAAAGUCCCACAUUACAAGGUACUUUCAUUCACAACCUGGGUUAGAUGAAAGCGAAAUGGAAGUGAUUGGCCAUAUUGACAGGAAACGACGAAGCAGCCAGGACAUUAACCAACCAAUGUUGCAGAAAAUAAGAAAAUUUAAACAACGCUUAGCAAGAGGUUAUUAAUUCCAAAACAGAAAAAUUUUUUUAGGUUAUAUUAUUUAACAAAAUAUUUUUGUGAAAAAAGACAUUUAUUAGUUUUUAAGAGUUAAUCCCAAAACUAAGAACACUGCCUCGAAGUAAUGACAGUAAGUGUUCAAAGGGGUUUGAAAAUUCAGAUUUAACUCCUGGCUUGACAGUCAGUCGUACAUUAAGAUAACUUUGUACAAAGUUAUGAUACUACAGGGAUGACAAUGCAGAUUUAAUUCACAUUAUCAGUCAUAUGUAUCUAGUAUGUGCAAAAUCGUAAAUGUAAAUGUAAAUCAUACAUGUAAAAUGUAAUAUGCAUUACAUAUGAUAAUGUACUUUGAAGAUCUAAGACUGUCCAAAUUGGUCAUAACAUGGCAUAUUGCAUAUACUGGGGCAUUAAGACAGAUUUCAAUGUUCCAUGUACAUACAUAUUUUUUGUCCUUGGACAUAGCUUGAGAAACUAGAUAACACAGUCAACGAAUCUAGAUGUCAAGGAGGGUAUAUUUAUUACCCUAAUAUAAUGAAUUCACCCAAGGGUUGUUUUAUUGUCCAGAGUCUGAUUAUUAUAACAGUCACUUCACUAUAUGUACUCUGAUGAGUUCAAAAGUGCAAGUCGGCUACAAGAGGCUGGUGCUGUCUGUGUCUGUGCAGAUGAUUCAUUUAUUUCAUUAGUAUUAUACAUCCACCUUAUAUCGGUUUUCAUAAUUAUGUGACCCACACAACUAGCUUUAAUUUGAGUCGCCUGGGUUUUUGACUUACGUCAAUCAAAUCUUCAAUCCAGUCUCAGUUCAUAAUUGUUUGAUUGAGGGAAGUCAAAACCCCAGACAACUUGGGGUUAAGUCGGUUGCAUAAUUUGGAAAAUUAUGAGGUUGACUAUGUUUAUCUAUUUUUCAAUAUCAACGUUCGCAGACAUGCAAGAAAGCAGUCUAGAGGUUCCUAACCUGUUAUGGUACUACUAAUAUACAUAAUUAGAUUCAAAUUAAAGAGUUAGCACAUAUAAAUAGCAUUUUUCUCUCUUACUCUACCUCUUAACUUAUAUAUAACUCGUAAGUCUACCAUAAUAUAAUAAUUGUAUAUGCAAGCUUGUGGAACAGUAAAUUGCCUUUGAAAUAUUGGGAUGGUUGUAUGGCUUUACAGUGAUAUGGUAUACAUGUAGUAACAAGUGUGGUAGAUACAUUAGAAUUAAAAGAAAUAAAUACAGUAGAUAUUUGUUUGUUUAUAAAACAUUGGACUUUCAGGUAUUUAAUCAUUGUAAUUCUCUAUGAGAAUUUGGAGAAAGAAUAAAAUCAAGUCUAGAAAUG